AUGUGGAUUCAGCAAAACUACCAGUAUCUUGAGUCGUGGUGUCCUCUAAAACGAAACUGCGGCACCCUGGUCAGCGCCGGUGAUACAGAACAGUUUGCUACCCAGGCAAUACUUACACCGCAUUACUGGCAGUGCAGUGUCAGUCAAUGCAGUGACAGUUCCACCAUUGCCAAAGACCUCAACGCCGACCCCGGCCUCUCAACCCCUUCAAGCCCAGUGCGAUUCACCGGCCACGAAGAUCAUCAUCAGGCUCUACAUCACCCGAAGAAUGAACAGCCCAACGCCACCGAUGAGUGCGUUGUCACUAGUCUUACGAGCGAACGAGUUUCCCGUAAACCAACGACCACCAAGUCUUGUAAAUCCACCAGCGUACUCGACCUAGACCCCGUGUUCGUCUUGUUUGUUGUCGCAUACAACACUAUACAAUAUGUCGACUUAUCCGUCCUACCAUCCUCCCUCAAUAUCAUUUGGUUUCAACCAUUCUGGAAUGUCUUUCCGCCAUAUUGGCUUUUGUCAAUUUUGGUUGACAACAAGGGUUGCAGGAGGAGGAGAUGGAUAGCUGCAUGCUCCAUUCUUUGGGUUGACGACUACAUUUGGCGAACCUUGACCAGUGCUGCUCUAUGGACUUUUGCUCUUCCGCAGCUUGACUCAGCUCGCCUACAGAAGCUGCUUACACCUGUCAACCUCACUAAAUUUGUACCGGGCCCUGAAAGUACUGGGACCCCCAAUCAAAUUCCCCAACAAACAACCCUCCCGAUCCACUCAGGCGGCAGCGACUUCCAGGGGGGAAUUGGCGGGCCCUCACAGUCCGGUCAGAGCGGCACGGGCAACUCGCAAUUCGGCGGAAGUAGGAGGCCCUCCGGCGCCGGUGGUCCUGGAGGCACUGGCCCUAACGGAAGGGAAGGAGGCGGGGCAGCCGGAGGCGGGCAACGUGACGGCGAUGGCAACGAAGAGCCGAACAGGCCCGAAGACUUAUUAUGGGCUUGCCACUACUACAAGAGAUGGCCUUGGAAACAUUUCGGGUGUCUCCAUCAGCCGCAGAAAGCGCCGCGUUACGUCAAAACUCACCUUCUCAGAAAGCACUUGCAACCCAUACACUGCACCAUAUGCCACGAGGCAUUCGGAACUCAUGCUGAAAUGAACGCGCAUAUCGUGGCCAUGAGUUGUAGCCGAGCGAUGGGGCCUUCUCCGUACUGCGAUGCAAUCUCCAAUGACCAAAGGGACCAGCUCAAAACCCUCCAAAGCGCUGGUGAAAGUGAAGUCGAGAAAUGGUACAAAAUAUGGGACAUUCUAUUUCCAGGUGUGCAACGCCCGCCAUCUCCCUACAUGACAGGCGACAGCAGCCAGCAGAUGUGUCAGUUUUUUGACGAAGAAGUUUAUCCCCUGUACGAACAGACUCUCCUCCAGGGUGAUGUCCUCAAUGGCGGCCAAAUUCGAUAUGCCAUGGCCGUUUUAAGAAACAUCAUAGACAGGAGGGCCGCUCCGCCGACGAGGGGUCAUGCCCCAAAUGUAUUUCUUCCCCAACCGCCCGUUCACCAACAACACAAUCCAGAACAGCGUCAACUACAAUACCAACCACAGCCCAGCCCGCAUAAUGAGGCUUCUCGCAUGGUUCCCACCAGCGGACCAUCGCACCAACCUAGGAUACCUUACCAGCCGCUACGGAGAGUUGUUUCUCGGGGACAACCCCGCAACACCAACGCCCGACCCCAGAAUGAGGAUCAACGGGGUCAUAUUUCGCCAGGGACUCAACCACGCCCAAGCACUCAUCGUCGAUCCCUUAGGGGCAAUGAAUCCCGGCAGUCUGUCUUGCGGAGGCGAGGCAAUAUGUCGCAAACCCAAAUGUCCAGAACCCCCUCAUUAAAUCCAACUAUGCAACAACAACAGCAGCCGCUUCCGGCUCAUGACUUGCUCCCCAACACAGGCGCCAACCAGGUCAUUAUAUAUCCAGGAGUUGCUAUUCCAAGUCAAGUCUCCACACAGGCUCCAGCCCCACGGCCUGUUCCGUUCCAGCCACAGAUUCAAAAUCUGCCCACUAAUUAUCCGCCACAAAAUGAUGAUAGUCUAAUGGCGGAUUACACGGGAACUUUUUAUCAAUACACCAACAACAGUAACAACAAUAACUUCAACGUAGGAGGGUAUCCGGCAAGCAUGGCCAACCCUCGUCAAUCAGCAAACACAAACUCCCAAAUGUUGAUGGAGGGCGGGUAUGGUUCCUUACAGCCAUCACCAAUGCACAACAGCUUCGGAAACCAAGGACAGCGAGCUUCGGUUUCCAUGCAAACGCCCGAGCAGUUUAUUAGGCAGCUAUCCCCAACUCAGCAGAUGGAAUCAUCCCAAGAACCGACACCAGGGACCUUGCCAGGACAAACAAUGAUGCUGGGCAAUAGUCUUGGCUACUGGAGUGUCGAGAAUCUCGAGGCAUUUCACACGAAUGAUGUCGCUGGUAACCUGACGGCGACAGAAGAUGAGCCGGAGGCAUUCGAGCCCUCUGAUACUUCCCAAGUUGGCUCCCCGUCGGAUUUUCUGGAGGACUGUGAUGUUUGA